AUGACCAUUCGUAAAAUGCACAAUCCGACGUCUGGAAGGGUGAUCGAGAACACAAGAGUCGCAAAGAAAGGCAAGGAUAUCAUGAGACCAGGACCACGUAUGGAGCGACAAGCCCUCCGGGCUAACUUCCGACCCCUAUAUCCCGAGGAUGAUUCUGUAUCGGGCGGAAAGAAGUCUGCCAUGGGAGAAGACUCCUCGAUCAUCGAUGGAUGUCUCUCGUUGCCGUCCAAAGACAAUAACCCGAUGGUGUCUGAGAAGGAACCUGAACCCGAGAUCAUUCCAAAGCUCCCCGAAAAUUCAACUGAAAACGAUUCGGAACCAGACAUAUUUGAAGAGCUGUUGGAAAAGUUUCCUCACUUCUUUCACCUAGAUGAAGAUCUACCGAUUAUCGAGCCUAGUCCACCAAUCUCCGAGGACACAGUCCAAUACGAUUCAACCCCCAAAUCCGAAAGAAAAAGAGCAAGAUCGGCCCUGUUAACAUUCUUCUCGUCGCCGAGUAAUAGGCGCGGUAAAUUAAGAAUAACUAAGGAAGAAGGUGGUCUUGAAAUUCUCAAGAACUGCCGGAGCCAGGAUGUUUCUGGUAUAAAGUUGCAGGUCGAUACUGUUGAUGAUAUCAUGGAAAGAUUCUUUUCGGCAACUAAUCAGUACGAUACUUUAAUGAUAUCGAGGGGGAUAACCCAGAGUCAAGGGAUUAAGAUUGAAUUGCAGGGUUGGAGGAAGUCAGAACCGACCGCAGACUGUGGUAGCGUGGACAUCUCGGGACUGAGCUUAGACGGGUGA